CGCGCUAAAUAGGCUCGGAAUGCCCAAGACUAGAAAUUAGACGACGAUAUGAAUCCACUGUCUUCUUAUGAGGCUAUUGUUUUCCAAGUACGGCACCGGAUAUAGGACGUGGUGGAUUAUUAAAUAUAAUAUAAUCAUGUUGUCGUCUACUUCAUUUCUACUAACACUGUGGGCCAAAACAUUCUCAAUGUGUACGCACAUGGUUACACAGUGAAUCCAGAUGAAAUCACAUGACGGUGGAGCAUGCCUCGAUUAUAUAAUGUCCGCGAUCCUCUAGCAGUCAUCGUACGAUUCAGUGCCAUAUGACGCCACUUCCCAGGGAUAGGAGGCGUUGUCCCAUGGAGGUGCUGCGGAGGCGUCACUUCGAUGCAGAAACCGGCUAUCCUGCAAGGGGACAUCCAUUAGGCACAGCCUAAAUAACGUCGAAGGGUUUAGGCAUUUGCGUGUUCGUUCGUGCUUUAUUGGGAUUUUCUCAUUGUCUUGGGUAUUUGUUGAAAUAUCAUAGAUUUAGUCUUCUCGCGCACAAAAAUGCUAAAGAACGGACAUCAUCAACUGAACACAGCAGGGAAAGACGCAGGGACGAAACUCGGCGCUACGGCUUGCAGUCCGGAGAAAAGAAGACGAACCAUCCGGGUAUGGUGUGAUGGAUGCUAUGACAUGGUCCAUUAUGGUCACUCUAACCAGCUGCGGCAGGCCAAGGCCAUGGGAGAUUACCUCAUCGUUGGAGUGCACACAGAUGGUGAGAUCUCGAAGCACAAGGGUCCCCCGGUCUUCACACAGGCUGAGCGAUACAAGAUGGUGCGAGCCAUCAAGUGGGUGGAUGAGAUAGUGGAGGGAGCGCCCUACGUCACCACACUGGAGACGCUGGACAAAUACAACUGUGACUUCUGUGUGCACGGAGAUGACAUCACACUGACAGUGGAUGGAAAGGACACAUACGAAGAGGUGAAGAAGUCGGGAAGAUACAGGGAGUGCAAGCGAACCCAAGGAGUUUCUACCACAGACCUGGUGGGUCGCAUGCUCCUAAUGACCAAAGCCCACCACAGCAACAUAGGCCAUUCUGACUAUCAACAGCACACAGAUAACUUUGGAAAGGGGUUGCAGGGUCCGAAGGGCCACAGUCCGUGGACGGGGGUGUCCCAGUUCCUCCAGACCUCCCAGAAGAUCAUCCAGUUUGCCUCAGGACAGGAGCCUCAGCCUGGGGACACCAUCAUCUAUGUGGCCGGGGCCUUCGACCUCUUCCAUAUCGGCCAUGUGGACUUCCUAGAGGCGGUUUCCAAGCUCUCAGACAAGCCAUAUGUCAUAGUGGGGUUGCACUUUGACCAAGAGGUCAAUCGAUACAAAGGGAAGAAUUAUCCCAUCAUGAACGUCCACGAGAGAACACUAAGUGUGCUGGCCUGUCGAUACGUCUCCGAGGUGGUGAUUGGUGCGCCUUAUGCAGUCACAAGAGACUUACUGGAACACUUCAAGGUGGACCUUGUCUGUCAUGGGAAAACUGAGGUGCAUCCUGACAAAGACGGCUCUGACCCCUACACUGAGCCUAGGAGGAGAGGAAUUCUGCACACUGUGGACAGUAUGAACAGCCUCACUACUGAUGACAUUGUCCAGAGGAUAAUCAAAAACAGGCUGCUGUUUGAGGCCCGGAACCAGAACAAAGAAGCUAAAGAGAUCGCUGUGAUACAGGCCAUUAAGCGACGAGAGGAAGAGAAGGCCAAGGAAAGAUCCAAGGCUGUACUCUAGGACGACGUGCCAGAAAAUGCACACCCACCACUGAGGAACCGUUGACCACCUUCAGGGUCAAGCUGUGACUGACAGAACCCAAAACAUCUAACCCCACCAAUGAACCCCACCAAUGAACCCCACCAAUGAUGCAGUGUAAUCAGUCCACCUGUCCAGUGUCAUAACUCCUAACCAAGACCCCUCCAGUUCACACUGUCUAUAGCACCAGUGGCUCAAGUUACGACAAGCCUUCUUUUUUUAACAACAACAACAUGCAGUAUUCUUACAAUGGGAGUUCUGUUGUAGAUUCGAUAUGGUAUCGUAUUAUGUUGACAUGUUUUCUAUCUGUAUUCAUAUUUUUAAAUCCGGCUGUAAACAUUUUACGUCAUUUUGUUCUUAUGGUUUUCCUAUGAAUACCUAAACAGUAUAGACCAUUUUCUCCUUCACUCACUGAGUUUAACAACAAAGAGCAAGGCCCAAAAUAGUCUUGAUAAACCAGUAAAGUGUGUCUCUGAACAUGGCACAGUGUCUCAAGCAGUUUGAGGCCCAACAGCAGUAAGGAGACCAAAUCAUUUUUUUGGGGUUUAUUGAGCUUAAAAACAUUUGGGAAUUUUGAAUAUUCAAAGUAUAGUCUUUUUUUUCAACAUUCUGAUUUGGACAAGGGAACGUAGAGACAGGUGUCAAGCUGUAAGCCAACACUUCGUUUUAUUGCUUUUCAGCUUUUCUGCUGAUUCUCUUCCAGUUAUUAUUUAGCAUCCAACACUUGCAUACAAAAUGGCCCACUUUUCUCUAUAAAGUGCACUAUAUACAGUGGAUAUAAAAAGUCUACACCCCGGUUAAAAUGCCAGGUUCUUAUUUUUCCCCCUCAA